UCCGGCGCGCUGCGCUCGGACGGUAGGGGGCGCGCAGCCGCCGCACCUCGGCCAGCUCGGCACCUUUGGGGGCCUGUGCGGCCCGGUGUGACUGGAAGGAAAAUGGAGCAAGAAGCCUAGCCUGAGGGGUAGCUCUUACCCCUCUGACCGAGGUCCUGCAGCUUUCGCCGCUAGGAGCCUCCUUCUCCUCCAGACCUAGUACUUCCGAGCGCCCCGGCAGCCUGGGCCCGGCGAGUGGAAUGGUGGCCGAGGCCCAAGGCGUCGGGCUUCCGCGCGCCCCGUGACGGGAACUAGGGAGCCUCGAGGGACGGCUCCCUCACCCACCCCGCCGACUCCAGGCGCGGCAACCCCCAAUUAGUGAGCAGCAGCUGUAUUCACUGGCUGUUUGAGAGGGAGAACCUGUGGUCACCGACCUGUAGCAUUUUCUGCUGAUCUAGGCAAAUGUGCAAUACCAACAUGUCUGUGUCUACUGAUGGUGCUGUAAGCACCUCACAGAUUCCAGCUUCGGAACAAGAGACCCUGGUUAGACCAAAGCCAUUGCUUUUGAAGUUGUUGAAGUCUGUUGGUGCACAGAAGGACACCUAUACUAUGAAAGAGGUUAUAUUUUAUCUUGGCCAGUAUAUUAUGACUAAACGAUUAUAUGAUGAGAAACAACAGCAUAUUGUGUACUGUUCAAAUGAUCUUCUAGGGGAUUUGUUUGGAGUGCCAAGCUUCUCUGUGAAAGAGCACAGGAAAAUAUAUACAAUGAUUUAUAGAAACUUGGUGGUAGUCAAUCAGCAGGAACCAUCAGAUUCAGGCACAUCUGUGAGUGAAAACAGGUGUCACCUUGAAGGUGGGAGUGUUCAGAAGGACCUUGUGCAAGAGCUACAGGAAGAGAAACCUUCAUCUUCAGAUUUGGUUUCUAGACCAUCUACCUCAUCUAGAAGGAGAGCAGUUAGUGAGACAGAAGAAAAUUCAGAUGAAUUACCUGGUGAACGACAAAGAAAGCGCCACAAAUCUGAUAAUAUUUCCCUUUCCUUUGAUGAAAGCCUUGCUUUGUGUGUAAUAAGGGAGAUAUGUUGUGAAAGAAGCAGUAGCAGUGAAUCGACAGGGACUCCAUCAAAUCCGGAUCUUGAUGCUGGUGUAAGUGAACAUUCAGGUGAUUGGUUGGAUCAGGAUUCAGUUUCAGAUCAAUUCAGUGUAGAAUUUGAAGUUGAGUCUCUUGAUUCAGAAGAUUAUAGCCUUAGUGAAGAAGGACAAGAACUCUCAGAUGAAGAUGAUGAGGUAUAUCGAGUUACUGUGUAUCAGGCAGGGGAGAGUGAUACAGAUUCAUUUGAAGAAGAUCCUGAAAUUUCCUUAGCUGACUAUUGGAAGUGUACUUCAUGCAGUGAAAUGAAUCCUCCCCUUCCACCUCAUUGCAACAGAUGUUGGGCCCUUCGUGAAAAUUGGCUUCCUGAAGAUAAAGGGAAAGAUAAAGGGAAAAUGUUUGAGAAAGCCAAACUAGAAAACUCAGCACAAGUAGAAGAGGGCUUUGAUGUCCCUGACUGUAAGAAAUCUACAGUGAAUGAUUCCAAAGAAUCAUGUGUUGAGGAAAAUGAUGAUAAGAUCACACAAGCCUCCCUAUCCCAAGAAAGUGAGGACUAUUCUCAGCCAUCAACUUCUAAUAGUAUCAUUUAUAGUAGCCAAGAAGAUGUCAAAGAGUUUGAGAGGGAAGAAACACAAGAUAAAGAAGAAAGUGUGGAAUCUAGUUUUCCUCUUAAUGCCAUUGAACCUUGUGUGAUUUGCCAAGGUCGACCUAAAAAUGGUUGCAUCGUCCAUGGCAAAACAGGACAUCUUAUGGCAUGCUUUACAUGUGCAAAGAAGCUAAAGAAAAGGAAUAAGCCCUGCCCCGUAUGCAGACAACCAAUUCAAAUGAUUGUGCUAACUUAUUUCCCCUAGUUGAACUACCUAUAAAAGUAGAAUUAUAUAUUUCUAACUAUAUAAGCCCCAAGAUUUAGAUGUGAAAUUUAUUUUUAUUUUUUUAACUGUAUCAAAGCAAGAAAGUAUCUUACUACAUGUAGAUUUCUCCCACUAGUGAAUAGUUACUUCCUUUUAGGAAAAUGCCCCUUCUGUUGAUAUUUUAUGUUUGGGUCUUAAUGUAAUUUGGGUUUGGAUAUAGAGUUCAUCCUUUACCCCUCUGCCCCCCCCCCUUUUUUUUGGGCUGCACUGCUCCGCAUGUGGAUCUUAGUUCCCCAACCAGGGAUCAAACCCGCACCCCCUGCAGUGGUAGUGCAGAGUCUUAACCACUGUACCAUCAGGGAAAUUCCUACUGCUCGUUAUUUAAAAUAAUUUCCACUUUUGUCUUAAAUGAGGAGUAUCUGACCUUUUAAAAAAUAUAUAAGCAGGACAUUUAAAUGUAACUUAUUCAGUACCUUUCAUGUAAGGAGGAAAAGUUCGUGUGAAAGAUUUAAUAUUUAAAUUUUAUAUACUCUUAAACUUUUCAAUCCUUAGUUUCUCUAGUCUUUCAGAGCCUCUUAAAAUAUAAUAAGUCCCCUACAGGGCUUCCCUGGUGGCGCAGUGGUUGAGAGUCCGCCUGCCGAUGCAGGGGACGCAGGUUCGUGCCCCGGUCCAGGAAGAUCCCACAUGCCGUGGAGCGGCUGGGCCCGUGAGCCAUGGCCGCUGAGCCUGCGCGUCCGGAGCCUGUGCUCUGCAACGGGAGAGGCCACGACACUGAGAGGGCCGCGUACCGCAAAAAAAAAAAAAAAAAAAAAAAAAGUCCCCUACAUACGAACCUUCAAAUUGCUAACUUUCAAAGAUGCGAACGUGAGCUGGCAUGUUACAAAAGUUCACGUGAGUGGAGUACAUUGUCACGCGCGUGCAUCCCCUACAAAUGGUUGUGCUUUUGUGUACUUUACUGUGUAGAGUACAGUAGUAUAGUAUCUUUAUUUCAAGCCCAGGAUGUCUGGAAGCAAGCAUAAAAGCAGCAGUGAUGUAGCUGGUACUGCUGAUGGAAACAAAAGUGAAAAUAAUUGAGAGAGUGGAGUGACGAGGAAGAAGUAACAGAAGAACCAAAGAGAUUCAUGACGCAGAAAAUGGCAAGGGUUUUUUCUUUAUUUGAGGAGGCACUGUUAGUUUUUGAGGCACAGGUUCCGAACGUAGAGCGGUACACGAAGGUUGCAGCAGCCGUUCAGAAUGCAAUCCAGUGCUACUGUGUUAUCUAUGAGGAGAAAAAGAGCUACUACCCAGACAUCAUGGGAUCGUUUUUUCAACAGGGUAGGUAGAAUUGAAUCCAGCAAGGAACCAGAACCGGUGCCAUCAACGUCAGGUGUGAGUGAAAUUGCAGCUUGCCCUCCAUCUCCUGUUGCUGACAGUCCUUCAGCUCUGUCAUACCUCUUCUCCCUCCUCCAGUCAGUAACUCUUCUUGCCUGUUCACUCGAUGCCAGCCCCUGUAUGCCAGCUGUUGUACUGUACUACUGUACUUUUCAAGGUACUGUACUGUAAGAUUAAAAAUGUUUUCUUUA